AUGGUGCUCAAGAAUGAGCGUAUUCUUCUUCGGGGUCAGAGUGACCGCUUCUUAAGUGCAAAUGAGCACAGGAAAGAUGUUUGGAAAACAAUUUCAAAGAAGCUUUUCGAAAAAUUCGACGUCGCACUGACCCCCAAACAAGUGCAACAGCACUUUAAUAAUAGGAAAAGAAAGCCGUUAUCGCUUGAAAUUAGAGAAAAAAAAGAAGAAAAUGUUUCAAAGACAGAGUUUGAGUUGAAAAGCUACUACAACCAAAGAACAACGGCUCGGGGUCUUCCAAACGCGGACACAUUGAGAGUGAAUGAGUGGCAUGGAAAAGAGAAGGGGAAAAAAGACGAAUUGCUUGUGGGCCACUCAGAACAACGCAAUCAUGUCAAAAAAGGGGAAAGGAUGGCUGGUGGAUCUCGAAGUAAUGAAUCUUCCGCCUGCACAAGUUUGGAAAGUUUCAAUCAAAUAGAUGCUUUGGUUGAUUCGGACGUAUCAGACGAAGAGUUGGGGGAGUCUGAAAGUUGCGUGAAUGAGAAAUCUAACAAAACUUUUGAAUGUUUCCAAAACUCCCUAAACGAAAAACUCGACAAAGCUCUGGAAUAUUUCCGAACAAUGCUUCAGGAACAAACAAGGAUGUGCGAAGCAGUUAUUCAAAUGGCCGAAUUGCAAAAGAGGGGUCUGGAGAGCAUCUUAGAAUUUACUAAGCCAAAGGCAAACUCCAAAAAGGAAACGAAACUGUAG